AUGCGAAAAGUUAACAGAUGCACGCUUGAAGAAAAAGAAAAUAUCAUGUGGGUUUCGAUAGGACAAACGCCGGAAAAUUUAGCACCGUCCUCUAGGACAAAACACAGCGCGACACUUUUAGGAAAUGACGUUUACGUUUUCGGUGGAAGAAAUGGAAAUCUUCCGUUAAAAGAUUUAUGGAAAUAUAAUAUCAAUGAAGGAAAAUGGAAUCAGUUGGAACCGUCGGGUGAUCGUCCGCCAUGUUUACAAGAACAUACGGCCGUCGCUUUUAAAGAUUCCAUUUAUGUUUUCGGUGGUGAAGUUGGAUUUUCUGCAGGUACCGAAACUCCGCUAUGGAUGUACAACACGAAGACCAACACGUGGAGAAAAAUUCGUGGUCACAAGGGUGUUUUAUCCCCCAGGGGAAGAAGGGGUCACUCAGCAUUGAUUUACAAGGGAUUCAUGAUUGUUUAUGGUGGAUAUCAAGAUUUGAGAGGAUCAUCUAACGAGCUUUGGACUUAUCAUUUCGAAACGGAAUCUUGGCAUUUACUUUCCCCGAAGAAAAAAAAAACAUCGGAUGGUUUACCAAAACCUAGCGGAAGACAUAAACACAGCGCCGUUUUACACGAUGGCGCAAUGUGGAUUUACGGUGGUAUGACGGAUUUACAAGAAAAAGGAGAUUUGUGGAGAUGGGAUAUAACGAGUAAACUUUGGUGCAAUAUAAAAAUAAAAACAAAUCCGGGUCCUUUACAUUCUCAUGCCGUUUGUAAAUUACAUAGUUCGAUGUUGGUUUUCGGCGGCGAAAGAAAUGGCGUACUUUUAAAUGACGUAUGGAGAUUUCAUUUCGGAAACAAACCACAUCCCAGAGCGGAAAGUAUUGCUUUAACGGUAUCGGAAUUUAUUCAAGAUGGCGGCGAACCAAACAAAAAUCAAAACAUACCAUCUCAAUCUUAUGAAAAUACAAAAACUUGUAAGAACAACAUCGAUGGUUGUUCAAAUUAUGGAAAAAAUAAUAAAGUCGGUCCGCCGACGGUCGAAAAAAAAUACGUUUUUACAAACGCAACCAACAACCAAAACCACAACAACAAUUACUCGAGUGGAAAUUUAAUAACGAAAAUAUCAAAAUUAUCAUCUCUUAAUUUAUUAAAAAUAAAUCAUAAUAAAUGUAGUUACACGGCAUUGAACAGCAGUCACGACAGCACGGAAAGUUUAUUAAAACCAAAAGAAAAUUCGGAUACUGAACAAACACCGACGAGAAUGAUCAAAUCUCAAAGUGCUAACGUCAUAGUAAACAACAGCAACAACAGCAGCAACAACGAAAAAAAGAAAACGAAUUUUUCGAGUUUGACACCGGCCGCUGAUAAAAUGCCAUUUUCAAUAUUAGAAUCAAACGAAUUUUCAUUGAUCGAUUCCGAUAAUAAAUCAAUAAUAAAUUAUUCGUUGACUCGAGAUCCGACAUCGGUGCCAAAUUUAAAUUCUUUUACGACUCAUCCAUCGGAAAAAUUUGAUAUAAAUGAUAAACUCUGCCAAAGUGAUAGUUACACGUCACAUUUAGUGUCUCUAUGUUGUGAAGAAAAUGAAAAUUUGAAAACAACAUUCGAUGGUAAUUUAUUACCGAAAAGUGCAAGCGUCGUAAGAUUUAAAAAACAAUUGGAUGUAACGGAUUUGGAACUCACGUCGGAUUAUUGCAGCAUAGAAACCGUUAAUAAAGUUAGCGUAUCGAGUAAUUACAGUCAAAGUCCAGGUGAAAUACAUCGUAGGGAUAAUUUAAUUAACGAUUAUCCAGAAUUGAAAUUCGGUAAAAGUACGGAUUCGUCUGUUAAAUUGGGUAAAAGUUCGGGAUUCGGUUUUAGUAAUCCUCAUUACAUGGGACCCGACGUACAAACCAUAUUGAAAUCGAAAGAAGGACAAAAAUGUGCCAAAAUGUUAAAUUCUCCACCCGACAGCGUUUUAGAAGAUACUUCGGGUAAAAUUUUAACGAAUAAUUCGCAUAAGGAAAACGUAGAAAUGCAAAACAUUGGGAAAAAAAUGGCGACGAAUGGUAAAUUACCGCCGCCUCAUCACAAACCGAGAUCCCCGCCAAAAUAUUUACCACUCAAUGGAAAUCCCUACAAUACUACAACCAUACCGAUAACAAACGAUAAGAAAAAAAAAUUUCGUACGAAUUCUACGACGAGACAAUUCGACAAACAGGAUUUGUUAAAUAGUUAUUUGCAAAAAAAUAUUAACGAUGAAUUUUCGAAAAAUGACCCCGUGACCUCUUCCGGACCCCCAUUGACGAUUUUUUUAAUCGGGGGUAAAGAACACGGACAGGUAACAGCUUUUAAAAGGCCUAUAUCUCUAUGGAAAUUGAGAUUAUCAUCAAACGUGCAAUUUUUUAGUGUCACGGUUAUGUCGCCGAUGCUUUUAGCUCUUCUGUGUUGUCUUUUUUUUUUUUUCAAUAAAAAAUUUUUCAUUUCGGAUGAUGAUUCGAUAUUGUUGGUAUGUGAUGAUGAUGACGUUUCUAAUUCCGGUGGAGAAGAAGCCCUGGAAGGAAACAGGAAACAGGAAAAAAAAACUGAGGUACGAUUAAUUAAUUAUUACCUGAAGUUAAACGAAGAUGCUAUAGAACCGUAUUCGGAUGAUGAUGUCGGUGAUUGUACAGGUUUAACAAAUGUUUUAUAA